GCGAUUCAACAGAACUGGACGAGCGACUUUUGGCGCUCUCAACAGCCCGGAGCAUACCACGACCUUGUAUGGGAGAAUGGUGAUAGCUAUUGUAAUAUCGACAAUAAUGCAACCGUCCCUUGUGAUCAGGGACUCGUCCCGGUUUACGUUGCCCAAGUCAAGUCUGUUGACCAUGUAAAAACUGCAGUCAAGUUUGCCAAAAAGCACAAACUUAGCACGAGAGUCAAGGGUGCCUCACAUGACUUUUUGGGUCGUUCUGCUGGUAACGGCACCUUUGGAAUUCAAACCAUCAACCUUAAAGGGAUCGAAUUUGAUGACCACUUCAAGCCAUCUGGAGCUCCGAACAACGUAUCCCCACAGGGAGUUGUUCACGUCGCUGCUGGCGAGCAUUGGUACUGUAAGUUUGAACAAAUAUCCUCGUGUGGACAGAGUAUUGAUGGAUAUUUAGACGUCAACAAAGCAGCAGAUGAACACGGUGUCACUGUCGUUGGUGGUGCCAGCUACUCUGUUGGCGCUGCUGGUGGAUGGAUCCUCGGUGGCGGACACUCGUCCCUCAGUCCUCAGUAUGGCCUCGGAGUGGAUAAUGUGGUGCAAUUUGAGAUUGUCACUCCCGAUGGCGAGUUGCGCAUAGUAAAUGCCUACAAGAAUAAGGACCUUUUCUGGGCGUUGAGAGGUGGUGGCCCAGGUUUCGGAGUCCUCACCAAAGUGACAUACAAGACUCACCCCGCUAUUACGUCUUUUGUCGCGCUUAACGUCAAUAUAACGUAUCCACCAUCCGCCUACCGAGAGCUCUUAAAGUCGUAUCUGUUACUUCUGCCAACUUUGUCCGAGCGCAACUAUUCCGGCUACUUUUGGCCUACUAUGCCCGUCCCAGAACCUACAUCGGCAAAUUUGACUAGCUUUGCGAUCCUCUUAUUCGUCUAUAAUUCGGACGAUAUCCCUGCGGCCAACUCGACUCUCAAGCCAUUCUACGACUUCCUUGAGAGCGAAGCAGAUGCUGGCCGCCCGUUACCUGUCGCCACUCAAGCGUACGUCCUCACGAAUUAUAUGCAGCUCUGGCCUGGUCCAGUGGAUCAAGUGAGAGAAAAUGCAGGUAGCAAUUCGAUUCAGGGGAGUAGAUUGUUGCCGGCUAGCGUAUUUGAAGAAGGCAAUGUGGACGCCUUUGUGGACUUGGUUGUCCAAACACCAUACUUUCCUCACUUUAAUUUUGUUGCGGGAGGAAAGGUACAACAACCUGCUCCGGACUCGGCUGCUGUCCACCCAUCUUGGCGCAAGGCUAUCAUACAUUUCCUGUGGUCUGCUGGAUGGGAGACUGAUACGCCCUUUGAAAUUAGGCAACAGAUCAGAAAAGCACUUACGCAAGAGACUCAAAAGCUGGGCGCGCUUGCUCCCGAGGCCGGGGCAUAUGUCAAUGAGUACGUCUCGAUUCUUCUUAAUAACGCAACAAAUACCGAUAUUCUUUGUAGAGCUGAUAUUAAUGAACCCAACUGGAAGGAGACAUUUUGGGGCAGUAACUAUCCCCGACUCGCCGCCAUCAAGAAGACUUUACUUGCUACCACUGUCAUCUGUGCCAUAUCUUUGGCCAACAAUAACGGCAACACUCGAGCGUGCAUUUAUCCUCAACCGUGUUGGCCGCCUGGUUCCGAAUGGAACUCGCUGAACGAAACGCUUCACGGCUCCCUCGUCCGCGUGAGACCUCCUGCCUAUGUUGCGCAAGUCAGGCGCUACAAUGUUGAUAUUGGUCUCAAUAGAGUGCUCUAUCAUCAUAGAUUUCGUCAUGCAAAGUUAAACUCUCUGUUGGGGUUUGUGGACUGA